AUGGUGGAAGGAACACCUCAUGAGGAGCGAGAACACCAGUGGCAACACCAGAACCUGAGCUUCACCACAGAUGACAAGGACCCACCGGACCCCAGCACCAGCGUGAGGCUCCCAGCCAGCUCAGUCAAAUUAGGCCCAAAGCUGGAGCAAUAUCUCUCAGCCAUACAGAGAUCAGAGUCCGUCAAGGGUGCAAACCCAUCCCACACUGAGUUCCUUGAGGCUCCCGUGGAUGUUGCCAGCAAGCGCCACCUCUUUGAGAAAGAGCUGGUGGGCCAGAACCAAGAGGGUCCAGCUGCCAGCUGUAAGGAGAACUUGCAGCUCUCAGGGGUGGUGAAGUCGCAGCUCAACCUGUGGAUCAGCAGGAUCCAGGAGUCAGCACAGCAGGGCCCACAGAACCGGGAGACACAUAGGGAAUUGACAGCUGGCAGAAAGCCCCAGUGGAGGAAGAAGCCAGAGGCCCCGCUGGGUGCCGAGAAGAUCUCUGUGCUGGAGGAGAGAGCUGUCUCAGGAAAGAGGGAAGUUCCAGACAAAGCCAGCGACUCGGAGAAGAGACUGGUGUCUGAGAAAGCCACCGUCUUCGAGAAGACCCCAGUCCCCGAGAUACAGCCAGCCCCAGGCAGGGCCAUGGCCCCAUUGAGGCCCCAGGACUGGGAGCACGCAGCCUCAGCAGAGUGCCCAUCCAGCCCCAGGGAGCAGCAGGGCACUGGGCCUGAGAAGGAGCCUGAGUCUUCGGCGGGGCCUCUGCCCCGGGAUGGUGGCCUCCCGCCUGUCACUCUGCAGGUGAGGACUCGCAGCACGGAGGCUGAGGCCAAGGCCCCCUUGCCGACACAGGCCUUGCCCACCUUCAGCAGCACCCUGCAAUGCUCCAGCCCCCGCACCAUCCCCAGGAUGAGCCCCCCUAGAGACAGCUCAGAGGUGGCCUUAACUCACAGGGCACGGACAGCAGCUGAUCCUGGCCUGGGGGGUUCUGCCAAAUGGACCAUGUCUCAGGAAGACAGGGAGCCCCCAUCGUCUGUAUACAGAGGCCGCAUUCUCUUUGCCAGAGUGAGCACCAGCAUGAGGCUCCCAGCCAGCUCGGUCAAACUAGGCCCGAAGCUGGAGCAAUACCUCUUGGCCAUACAGAGAUCAGAGUCUGUCAAGUGUGCAAACCCAUUCCGCACUGACUUCCUCCGGGCUCCUGUGGAUGUCACCAGCAUGCACCACCUCUUCGAGAAGGAGCUGGUGGGCCAGAGCCGAGAGGGUCCAGCUGCCAGCUGCAAGGAGAACUUGCAGCUCUCAGGGGUGGUGAAGUCGCGGCUCAACCUGUGGAUCAGCAGGACCCAGGAGUCAGCACAGCAGGGCCCACAGAACCAGGAGAUGCAGAGGGAGUCGGCAGCUGGCAGGAGGCCCCAGUGGAGGAAGAAGCCAGAGCCCCCGCUGGGUCCCGAGGUGUGAGGAGCCAGUCCCAGGCCAGCAGCCAUGCUGGUCGCCUCUCCCACUCGCUUUCCACACUGGAUACGGGAGGACGCUGGCCAGCAUCCUCCCCGCCCCUCUGGGGCAGGUGUGCCCCGUGGCUUGGCUGGCAUCUUUCCCACACCCCUGUUGGGGCAGGCAUGCCCCGUGCCUUGUUCAGAUGCGGGCACUGCACAUCUGCACAGAGCCUCACCACCCUGUCCACGCAGAUUCCUGCUCUUCCUCCUCCUCCUCCAUCCGGUGGCACCAGUGUCUCUGUGUACCUCUCCCAGGCUGGCCCCCACCAUCCUUGUGCCACCUGCCAGGUUGGAGGAGCCGCGCUGACCCCUCCCAGGCCCUGCCUUGCUCCCCUUCACACCCCACCUGCUGCCCUGGCCAAGCCAUCCUGUGCCCCCUCCCCACACUCAAGAAAGAGCAGAUAAACUCAUUCACUCUCAGGUGUGACCAAUAAUAGCUUUAAAAUCA